CAUACACAACACACUCUACUAUACCAAUGUUACGUCCAGCAACUACCCGUAUGGCCAUGCGCCAGACUUCACGUUUGCUUAGCACCGUGAAACUUACAAGCACCACCAACAGUUACCCCACCGGUCACGUGGACGCCUCUGCUUCGCCAUACAUUACCCCUUCAUUCAUCAACAAUAAACUUGUCAAAUCUGAAUCUAAGACUUGGUAUGAUAUUCAUGACCCAGCUACAAACCAAGUGAUUCUGAAGGUACCACAGUCGACUCCAGAAGAACUUGAACAAGCCAUUGACGCGGCUCACCGCGCCUUUCCGGUCUGGAAGAAUUACUCCGUCAUCAAACGUCAGGGGAUUGCCUUUAAAUUUGUUCAAUUAUUAAGAGAAAAUAUGGACAGAAUUGCUGGUGUGAUUGUUUUGGAACAGGGGAAAACUUUUGCUGAUGCCAAAGGUGAUGUUUUACGUGGGUUACAAGUGGCUGAGGCCGCGUGUAACGUGACCAACGACUUGAAGGGUCAAACUCUUGAAGUUGCCAAGGAUAUGGAAACUAAAAUGAUUAGAGAACCUUUAGGGGUCAUUGGAUCGAUUUGUCCAUUCAAUUUCCCAGCCAUGGUUCCUCUUUGGUCCUUACCAUUGGUCUUGGUGACUGGUAAUACCGCCGUGAUCAAACCUUCGGAAAGAGUCCCUGGGGCCGCCAUGAUCAUUGCAGAACUUGUAGCUCAAGCUGGAGUUCCAGAGGGCGUUGUUUCCAUCGUCCACGGGAAACAUGACACCGUGAACAAGAUCAUUGAAGACCCAAGAAUCAAGGCCAUCACCUUUGUUGGUGGUGACAAGGCUGGGAAGUAUAUCUAUGAAAAGGGUUCUGCCCUCGGAAAGCGUGUGCAGGCCAAUUUGGGAGCUAAAAAUCAUUUGGUGGUUUUACCAGAUGCUGAUAAGAACCAAUUUGUUAAUGCCGUUGUAGGUGCUGCCUUUGGAGCUGCUGGUCAAAGAUGUAUGGCCAUUUCUGUUUUGGUGACUGUAGGAAAAACCAAGGAAUGGGUUUCUGAUGUGGUUGCGGCUGCACGUGAUCUCAAGGUUGGCAGUGGAUUUGAUAGUAAAAGUGAUGUUGGACCUCUUAUUAAUCCAGAAGCCUUGACUCGUUCUCAUGAGAUUAUUGCUGACUCUGUUAAGCAAGGAGCUGAGCUUUUACUUGAUGGUACCAAGUUUGUAGGUGAAGGUGCCUUUAGCAAGGGUAAUUUCCUUGGCCCCACCAUUUUGAGCGGGACCAAGCCAGGGAUUAGAGCCUAUGAUGAGGAGAUCUUUGCCCCUGUCUUGGCUAUUGUCAAUGUAGAAACAUUGGAAGAAGCUAUUCAAGUGGUCAACUCCAACAAGUAUGGUAAUGGUGUCGCUUUGUUCACCAAGUCUGGACCUGCUGCGCAGGCAUUCACCAAGAAUAUUGAGGCUGGCCAAGUGGGUAUUAACGUGCCAAUCCCAGUGCCUUUGCCAAUGUUUUCCUUCACUGGUAACAAGGGUUCCUUCUUGGGUGACUUGAACUUUUAUGGACAAGCUGGUAUCACCUUUUUGACCCAACCUAAGACCAUUACCACUUUAUGGAAGACCGACAACGUUGAAGAGGAAUUGAGACCAUCCACAUCGAUGCCAACUCAACAGUAGCGAAAGAAAAAAGAAAGAAGAAGAAAAUAUAUGUAUUGGGUUAUAGACAAAAAAGAUAUUUUUGG